AUGAAUACAUUACAACUUUUCGUAUUUCUUCUUUGUCUGAUAUUCAAAGUCGACGGUGAUGAGGUUCAUUCGGCAGGAAAAGAUGAAGCACAUCCCAAUUUAUUUCAUUUGUCAGGAGUGACGUCAAAUCGGUAUGACGCUGGCACUGUGCAAGGGUCAAAUGAAGAGGUUUGGCCCAUUCUCAAAGAUCAGUUUGGCUCGGUUUAUUUAAUUACAUUGAAACCCUACGGCGUCCGACAACCACAUUGGCAUACAGUUGCUUGGGAAAUGAACUAUGUAAUAUCAGGUUAG